AUGGACCGUAGCUGGGAGAAGGACAACCCUUUGACAAAAAUAGCGCCCGGACGACGAGGAGAGGAAUCAAAGGCCGACACAGGUCGCCUAAGAGCGAGCCGACGCCGGAACAAGCUAGUCGCCGCCGCAACCAACCUGCCACCUCGCGAGCCACUCACCAAAAAGCCGAUGCUAGAGAAGACCAACCGCCGUCGUGGAAUGGCCCAGACCAGCGCCAUGAGCCACCACCACGCCGAGACAACCCACAUCCACACCAAGACCCCGAGGGCCAGCCCCGAGUCGCCCGCUGGUGGCCAUGGGCUAGAUCGGAGCCGAUCUGGCCGGCAACCACCGCCGCCCGCAGCAGCAGCUGGCGCCGUCGUGGUCCACGAGCAUCGCCACGACCCCACCAAGCCACAGCCCGCCCCCGCGCCGCCCGACGCCCACACGACCGCUAAACCAGAUUGGAUUUGGACGGGGCCGCCGCCGCCAAGCACGCACCUCCACAGCCAGCAUGGGCACGAGCCCCAGCCAACGCCACGGAGCCCUCCAUGUCGUGGCCCCGCCGCCAGCGCCGCGCGCCCCCCAAAAUAG